AUGUCUAGAAAUCCCUUACUUGAACAAGUGAGGUCUUCAUUCCAACGUUCGAGAUCUUUGAACACAAGACCAUCUUUGCAACCAAACCGGGUGAUCUUUGAAAUUCAGAAUCGUCUAGAAAGAGAGUUGGCAACUGCGAAAGAGCAAGCCAUUGCCACAUUUGAAGGUCUUGCUAUCCACACUGACCUCCCAGGUUCUUCACCUUCAAAUUCGGAAUCAAGUUCAGACCAAGAAGAAGAAGAAGAGAUGGCUGCCAAUGAGUUCAUGGGAGACCUUGAUAUCCCAACAAUUCCAGCAUCCCCUUCAAGCAUCUUGCUGCCCACCGCAGCUCGAAACUAUGAGCUUAAAUCUUCUCAUCUUAAUAUGUUGCCUUCCUUUUAUGGUUUACCUAAUGAAGAUCCAUUAACCCAUAUAAAGGAUAUUUUUAAUGCUGUGAGCUCUUUUCCCUUGACAGGUGUGACGGAAGAUCAACUUCGAAUGAGAGUGUUUCCUUACACUUUGAAAGAUAAGGCGAAAUAUUGGUUGAAUUCUUUGAAGCCUGGUUCACUCACGACUUGGGGAGCCAUUCAAAAGAAGUUCUUGGAGAAAUACUUCUCCACGCAAAAAACCGACAUGCUUAGGGACAAGAUCUUACUAUUUGCACAACAAGAUGAUGAGUCAUUUUGUGAAGCAUGGGAGAGAUUCAAUGGGCUGCUCAAUCAAUGUCCUCAUCAUGGGAUUCCAUUGAAGCUUCAGAUGCGUAUGUUUUAUAAAGGACUAACCCCCUCUAGCCAUAAUAUUGUCACUAAUUUUGCAGGUGGUUCUUAUAAGACUAAGACUCCCGAAGAAACAUAUGAACUCUUUGAGGAGAUAGCAAUGGAGACCCAACACACCGAUACAAGAGGUAAACGUAUUGCUGGUGGUUCUAAUGAUUCUUCCAGUGUGCAGAUUUCCAAAUUGGAACAAAAACUUGAUGCCCUCCUUGCAUUGAACUCAAGAAACCCUUCAAAGGAAGUGUGUAGCAUCUGUGAAACUCAUGAUCAUCCUACCAUUUCUUGUCCCCUUGGGGCUGCAUAUCCAGAAUUUGUGCAAGAGCAAGCUAAGUUGGUGAAUUCCUACAACCGAGGUCCAAUAAAUGAUCCAUAUUCUCAAAGUUAUAAUCCAGGUUGGAGGAAUCAUCCAAACUUUUCAUGGAGGAAUACACAGAAUCAAGCAAAUCCCCCUUCACUCCAAAGGCCACAACAAUCAUCAUCGUUGGAGGAUAUAGUGAAGCAAAUGGCAAUCAACCAAUCCAAUUUCCAGCAAACUACACAAGCUGCCAUCUCCAAGUUGGAAGUCCAAUUAGGCCAGAUAGCUACUGAAAUAGCUCAAAGAGAACCUGGGAAAUGGCCAAGCCAAACCGUGAUCAAUCCAAAAAACCAAGAAGCCAAGGCCGUUCAUGUGCUCAGAUCAGGUAAGAUUGUUGAUAACAAAGUUGGUUCUGAUCUAUCAAAUGAUGUUGUGGUUGUAGAGGAUGAAGAUGAAGAGGAAACCACAACUAUGGAAGGAGAACAACCCAAAAUGUCCCAAUCUGCUCCUAAGGCCAAAUCUGAUUCUCAGGAACCCAAUCCAUUUCAAUUGCAUAAAAGAGAUGACAAAUUUGUGCCAUCGCAUCUUCAUCAAGAUAGAUACAUCCCACCUCCUCCAUAUAUUCCACCGAUUCCAUUUCCAGGCCGUUUGAAGAAGGCAAAUCAAGAUAAGGCUUUUAAAGAGAUUUAUGAUAUUUUGAGUAAAGUUAAUAUCAAUUUGCCCUUGCUUGAUGUUGUUAAACAGAUUCCUGCAUAUGGAAAGUUCAUCAAGCACUUGAUGACUCACAAGCUCAAUUUUGCUCCAAGUGAAGAAGUAAAGCUCAACAAGAAUGUGAGUGCUGUGUUGCAAAGGAAGCUUCCACCAAAACUAGAAGAUCCUGGCAGCUUUGACAUUCCCAUUAACAUCGGAGAUAAGACGGUUGGAAGAGCCAUGUUGGACUUGGGAGCAAGCAUCAAUGUAAUGCCAUAUUCAGUUUAUCGGGAGCUUGGCUUAGAAGGGAUAAAGAAAACCUCAAUUCGUCUUGAACUAGCUGAUCAUUCUAUCAAAUAUCCAAAAGGUAUUGUAGAAGAUAUUUUAGUUCAAGUUAAUACACUCAUUCUUCCGGCUGAUUUUGUAGUGAUGGAUAUGGAGGAUAACCCAUAUGGAGACCGCGUUGAUCCCAUUCUCCUCGGGCGACCAUUCAUGGCCACUGCAGACACAAUCAUCAAAGUGAAAGAUGGCACCCUCUCCAUGACUGUUUUGGGUGAAACUGUUGAAUUUAAAGUGUUUGAUGCUCUCUCUCAACCUUCUAUCACUCUUGAUACUUGUUUUUCAAUUGAUGUUGUGGAUCAUGAGGUUGCUUCUAAAAUUGUGCAGAAAAAGUCUAAUGAUGCUCUAGAAGCUGUCCUAACACAAGAAGAGGAAGAUCUCUAUGAAUCAGAGUUCCAAGAAGUGAUGGCUGCCUUAGAAGUAUUUCAGCCAUACCCACCAUCCUUUAGGCCACCACUCGAGCCUCUUGGACCAUCCUCCACAAAAUUGGAGCCAUCCAUUAUUACCCCACCAAAGCUAGAACUUAAACCUCUACCCAAUCAUCUUAAACAUACUUAUUUGGGUGCUAAUGAAACACUCCCUGUUAUAAUUGCUGCAGGUCUCACCUCACAUGAAGAGGACAGCUUAAUUGAAGUUCUGAAAGAGCAUAAAACAGCCCUUGGAUGGACCAUAGCAGACAUCAAAGGAAUUAGUCCAAGCAUGUGCAUGCACCGAAUUUUAAUGGAAGAAGACAGCAAACCAUCUCGUGAUGCACAAAGAAGGCUAAAUCCCAACAUGAAAGAGGUGGUUAGGGCUGAAGUUUUAAAGCUACUUGAUGUGGGAAUCAUCUACCCAAUUUCAGAUUCUAAGUGGGUGAGUCCUGUGCAAGUUGUUCCAAAGAAGUCCGGAAUCACCGUUGUAAAGAAUGAGAAGAAUGAGCUAGUUCCAACACGAACUAUCACCGGUUGGAGAGUUUGCAUUGAUUACAGGAAGUUGAACACAUCCACAAGAAAAGAUCAUUUUCCCUUGCCUUUCAUUGAUCAAAUGCUUGACCGUUUAUCUGGCCAUGCUUACUACUGUUUUCUUGAUGGAUUUUCAAGUUAUAAUCAAAUUCCCAUUGCUCCGGAAGACCAGGAGAAAACCACAUUCACAUGCCCAUUUGGUACGUUUGCUUAUAGAAGGAUGCCAUUUGGUUUGUGCAAUGCUCCAGCAACUUUCCAAAGAUGCAUGAUGGCAAUCUUUUCUGAUAUGGUGGAACGAUUCAUGGAGGUAUUUAUGGAUGAUUUUUCAGUUUUUGGUUCAUCUUUUGAUGAUUGUCUUCACCACUUGUCUCUAGUGCUUAAAAGAUGUCAGGAAACAAAUCUGAUUUUGAAUUGGGAGAAGUGUCACUUCAUGGUAAGACAAGGAAUUGUGCUAGGCCAUGUUGUUUCAAGCAAGGGAAUUGAAGUGGACAAAGCCAAGAUAAAUAUCAUCUCAAAUCUACCACCCCCUUCCUCUGUUAAAAGAGUUAGAAGCUUUCUGGGCCAUGCCGGAUUCUAUAGAAGGUUCAUCAAAAAUUUUUCGAGCAUUUCAAGACCAUUGUGUAAUCUCCUUGCUAAGGAUGCUGUUUUUGAGUUUGACGAAACUUGCAUGGAAGCUUUUACGACCUUGAAGAAAGAGCUAACUUCAGCCCCUAUUAUCAUAGCUCCAGAUUGGUCUUUACCAUUUGAAAUAAUGUGUGAUGCCUCUGACUUUGCUAUUGGUGCAGUUCUAGGUCAAAAGAAGAACAAGCUUUCCCAUGUGAUUCAUUAUGCGAGCCGGACCUUGAAUGAUGCCCAACUCAAUUACUCCACAACAGAGAAGGAGUUGCUUGCUGUGGUUUUUGCUUUAGAAAAAUUUCGUUCUUACCUUGUUGGUUCUAAAGUAAUUGUUUAUUCUGACCAUGCUGCUCUUAGAUACUUGCUCACUAAGAAGGACGCCAAACCACGCUUGAUCAGAUGGAUUCUCUUGCUGCAAGAGUUCGAUUUGGAGAUUCGAGACAAGAAGGGAUGUGAAAAUGUGGUGGCUGACCAUUUGAGCAGAAUUGUGGUUGAAGAGCAAGGAGAAGCUGUACUACCCUUGAAUGAGACUUUCCCAGAUGAACAACUAUUUGUUGCCCAAGUCAAAGAGCCAUGGUAUGCUGAUUUUGUUAAUUAUCUUGCUUGUGGUGUUCUUAGAAAUGAUCUAACUUAUCAGGACAAAAAGAAGUUCUUUUCCAUGGUGAAACAUUAUGUCUGGGAUGAACCUUUCUUAUUCAAGCAUUGCCCAGAUCAACUCAUUAGAAGAUGUGUUCCAGAAGAAGAACAAGAAAGCAUCCUUAGGCAUAGCCACGAAUUGGCUUGUGGAGGCCACUUUGGAGCUAAGAAAACAGCACUUAAAAUUUUGCAAUCAGGUUUCUUUUGGCCUACUCUAUUCAAAGAUGCAUUUAAUUUUUGUGUUAAGUGUGAUAGGUGUCAAAGGAUGGGAAACAUAAGCCGCAGGAACGAAAUGCCAUUGAAGAACAUACUCUUUGUGGAACUCUUCGAUGUAUGGGGUAUUGAUUUCAUGGGACCAUUCCCAUCUUCCUUUGGAUAUACCUACAUACUUGUUGCUGUUGAUUAUGUGUCUAAAUGGGUGGAAGCCAUAGCCACCAAAACCAAUGAUCAUAAGGUGGUGCUGAAGUUCCUGAGGGACAAUAUUUUAACAAGGUUUGGUACUCCAAGGGCUGUCAUUAGUGAUGGAGGCAGCCACUUCUGCAACAAGCCAUUUGAAGCACUCAUGAAGAAGUACAACAUCACCCACCGAGUCUCUACACCAUAUCAUCCUCAAACUUCUGGUCAAGUAGAAAUAAGCAACAGAGAAAUUAAGCACAUCCUAGAGAAGGUGGUGAAUAGUACAAGGAAAGAUUGGGCUGCCAAGCUCAAUGAUGCAUUAUGGGCUUAUAGGACUGCAUAUAAGACUCCCAUCGGAAUGAGCCCUUAUCGUCUUGUGUUUGGGAAAGCCUGUCACUUGCCAAUGGAGCUUGAACACAAUGCUUUUUGGGCCAUCAAGAAGUUGAAUUUUGAUCUGGACAAGGCCGGCCAUGUUAGAAAGUUUCAGCUCAAUGAAUUGGAAGAAAUUAGACAUGAGUCCUAUGAGAAUGCAAGGCUUUACAAAGAACGAACCAAGAGUUACCAUGACAGGAACAUUCAACGGAAAGAGUUCAUCAAAGGUAUGUCAGUUCUUUUGUUUAACUCACGUUUGCGUCUCUUUCCAGGAAAAUUGAAGUCUAGGUGGCUUGGCCCAUUCACCGUGGUCAAUGUUUCUCCCUAUGGAGCUGUGGAGAUUCAAAACCCUAAAGAUGGCUCGACUUUCAAAGUAAAUGGACAACGUUUAAAGCCAUUCUAUGAGGGAGUGUCAGUUGGAAUUCAAACUGGUCAUGUGGUGGAUCAUCUUCCAUUUGUACAAUCAAGUUAG